CCGACACUGCAGGGGGCGCUGUGGGUAUUUAAUAGGCACGUGACCCAACACGGGAGUAAUCUUAGGGUUGUCUUUAAUGUAAAGAAAUUCCUGGGUACGAUGACUUUGAAGGGAUUUUCUGGUGUAAACACACGCAGGCAUUAGAGUCUUAUUUUAACAAAAAUGGCGACAAACUGGACGGAGAGAAUUAGUGCUUUCUGCUGCAGUCCAAGUGGCUUCCUGUCAGAAACAAGCCCGGAUACUUUCCUGUCAGAGCUGCUACGAGAGCUGCGGGAUGACAGAGCCAGCUACGGAAUCAAGGUCCUCCUGUUGUCUCCCCUCUGUGAAUAUCCGACCCUGCUGUGCUCCUCAGAAUCUGCCGGCGAGGAGACAGCCCUGGAUCUGAUGUCGGUGUUCACCCAGUGUCCCUCCAGGUUCAGCCAGUUUCGCUGCCGUCUCCUCGUGGCCCUCACCAGCGUCCUCGUCUGCUCCUCCUGUGUGAACAGCCGCUCCCGAGCUUCGCUGGACUUUCUCGACUUGCUCCUUCGGAUAGCUCAGGACGCCAGCGACCCCCCUGGCGAUGGCACACAGCGCCUUCUCAGAGCAACGGCCUGCGACUGCCUGCGCGAGAUGGAGGCCAGUUGUCCCGGACUUCUCUCCCAGCGCCUCGAGCUCCUGGCAGGGCUGCGGCAGCUGGAGACCUCCAGGCUGCAUCAGGCUUUUGGGGUGCUGCAGAUCCUGGUGUUGAGAAAUGCUGUUUAUCAGCUCACUAAGCAACCAGGUGCAGGCGCUGCGCAUCUUAAAGCUCUGUUAGGAGGAAAUGGCUCCGUUGCGUGGGAGGCAGACCAGGAAGCCGUCCACAUGGACACCAAGGAUGCAGCCAUGCUGUUGUCCCUCAUCCUAGGACCAAUGGGCAGAGUGCCGACCCUUCACACCGGACCCGACUGUAAGGAGCUACGGUCUGUCCUCUCCUCCCUAUUAGAAGAGUCCUACCUCUUCACGCCUUUGUGUCAGGCUGCACUUUUCCACAGACUAACCGAGGUGGUUGCCAUGGUUCCCGGGAUCCCGCCAACCGUAUUUCGAGCUCAGCUCCUGCGACUGCUGGGAACCAACGAGGUUUGCCUCCUCCAUGUCACCCUGCUGAUGAAGUGCGGCUUCACCGACAGCCUCUUCAGCGCUGAAGACGAAGCGUUCCUCCUGAAGCGCCUGGUAGUCCUCUCCCAGCACCCGCUCCUGAGCUCGCCCGAGAAGCUCUUCUACAUGGACUGCAUCCUGCACUUUCCAGAGAACCGUCCAAUCAGCUGUGGUGACUGCGACGAGGCCCCUCCUGUGCUGCUGACCCCACGACUGGCCUCGGUCCUGCUGCCUUCGGUGUUUAAUGACAGCGCCACCCUGCUGAGCCGGCUCAACCUGCAGGCUCUGGUCUUCCUGGAAGAGGGGGACGAGGAGAGCCUCGGCCUGGCCUACAUCUACGACCACCUUGCGGCGCUGCUGCACAUCGUGGACAGGGGAGGCAGCAGAGAUAUUGUUGUGACCUUUUUCAGAGCUGCCUUCCUCUUCCUGUUUUACUUCCACCAUGUGGAACGGUACGCAACUUGCCUUAGCGAGCAGCUAUGUCAUCUCUUCCUCCAGCACACCCGGCUGGCCCCACAUAUCCUCAAUCUGGUCAACCAGACUCAAGAGAGGUUACCGGAGUGCAAGUGGUUUGUGGGGCUCCUGCAGGGUCUCCAGAGAGUGAUAACCAAGGUCCCGUUUGGCCAGCUCCGCCUACAAGACCUUAGCAGCCACCUUAAGGUGCUGGCUCGGGUGGCAGAGGAAGAAGAAAUCUGUCAGCGCAGCUCCCUUAGCUUUCUGUCCACCAUUGUCACCCAAACUUCCUCGUCGCUGUGUACCAGCGGCGACUGGCGGUUGGGAAAUGGUCUGCUGGGAGUUUGCCGCCGUGUGCUCCUCCAUCCCAAUCUGGACUCUAUACUUGUUCCUUUGGCAGACAUUUUGCAGCAUCUUGCCUUCCACUAUGGUGACACGGACAUCAGGGACCACGCCCGCCUCUACUACACGCUCCUCACCAUGUUGUCCCGGGAGAAGCUGUCCGCAGUGCUGGUGCAGAGUGCUGCAGAGGGCGGCAGUCAAGUCAAGAAGCGAACGCUGUCCUGUGUCAUGGCGGAGAGCGAGGGGCUGACAAACAACCUGACCGUCCACCAGACUGAGAAACCCAUAUUUCAUCUGACCGAGGCUUUACCUGGGCCACAUCAGGAGGCAGAAAACCUUCAGCUGAAUCAGGAGGAUGAGUACAAAACACUGGAAUGUUACAGGGCUCAGCUCAGCAAGUCUGGAUUUGCUUCACUUAUCGUGUUAAAGUACCACCUGACCCACACGGAGCCCCAUGACCCUGGCUUUGAGCAGCUUUUCAGCAUCCAGCUCCACUUCAGCCACACAGACGAUCACUACGAAGAGCUGCAGGACAUCAGCGUCCCCUGUCUCUUCAGACAGGGACAACGGCCCGUGGUGCAGCUGACACUGAAGCCCAGACGACCGUACCCAACCACCAUCCAUGUGAGCGCCAUAUUCACCUCUAAGGACGGGCUCUCCUGGCACACCGCUAUGCCGGACAUCCACGUGGCAUUCCAGCAGGUCUUCCUGCCUCUGCCUGCACCCCCAACCUGGAGCAGCGCUAGCAUACGAGACGUCUUUGAGGGCCUGUGGGAUGAAAUGAGCCAUGAGACGGGAGAGUCUUGUAUCAGUCUGUUCUGCUGCCAGCUGGGGGAGGCCGCUCUGAAAGCUCUGGUGGAGAAACACUUCCACUCCUUCCUUGUGUCAGACCCAUUGGAGGAGUCAGCCGAGUUCAGGGCGCUCUUGUUUCUCCCACCGAAGUCUCACAUCCUGCUUAAGAUCAGCUCUACGGAGGACGCCGCGCACUUCAACAUGGCCACCGAUGACUGUCGGCUGCUUCCUCACAUGAACUCAUACCUGCUGAAAGUCACUUCUUCACUAGAGAAUUCUGUCUCGUGAUCACAUUUUUUUUUAUACCGAAGAUAAUCCUUUUAACAUGGAAAUUUUUCAGUGUAACGUAAAAAAGCAGAUAAUUGAUAUGAAAUUAGACUAUUGCACUUUGAUGAUCUUUUCAUAAAUAUAUCAAGUUAAAUUUAUUGUCUUCUUUUGACUACGUUUGAAAAGUUUCCUUACUUUGCUGAUUCAGAAAGUCAAGUUUAGAUUAAUUCUCCAUAAUAAAAUACUCUUGAUCUGUUCAAA